AUGAUUCAUGUGAUGUCAUCUUAUUCCUUAAUAUCGAGAAAACAGCUCAACGCAGUGAAAAUACGCAUACCUCAUCAGGGAUAUGUAAUAAACGCUAGAAAUGCGGAAACAUUUGUUGAAAAUUUUCACUUCAUUAAAAGAGAAUCUACUUGGAACCCAAGAGUUAAAUUUCUUAUUAUUAUAAAAAUUCUUCGAAAGGAUGAACUCAGAGACAUCUUUGAUGAAAUAUUGCAUGUCCAUGUUACGAAUGUAAUUGUCAUCAAUGGAACAGAUGAAGCUGAUAUUUACACUUACAACCCAUUUGAAAACUACGCAUGUGGGAGAUAUUUUGAUAGAAUUAUAGAGUAUGGUCAAUGUUCCCAACCCACAGUUUCCGAUUUAUAUCCAAAUAAGCUUAUAACAGGACUAAUAAACUGUACAUUUUCAGUAGCAAUUCCACAUUUACCACCAUUAACAAUAAUCCCGAAUAAAAAUAAGACAUUGAAGUAUAAAGUUACAAAAGGGACUGAACAAUUUGCUUUCGAAACUAUCAGUAAAUUGGAGAAAUUCAAUAUCAAUUAUUCUUAUAUAAACUUUGCUGAAACUUCAUCUUUGAUAGAUGCAGAUAUGAAAUCUAAUGGAUUUUUUAAUUUAAUUGAAACAAAUCAGGUUGAUGUGUUGUUCGGUUAUAUUUGGCUGACAAGCAUUAGAGGUGCAGCGUUUGAUAACUUAUAUGCUCAUCUAGCUUUUACCGAUACACUCACUUAUAUUGUUAAGAAAUCUGGUGACGUACCUGUAUGGAUGAAUAUGUACUUAGAAUUCGAUUUUAUCGUCUGGAUUGCUUUGUUUGUUUCUUUUAUAGCAUUUUCCAUGUUGGCAGUUUUCUUGCUUCGCACUAAUGAUAAGAUAUCAACUGUUCUAAAACUAUGGGACAAUUUGUUUUUGCAUGGCUACACUAUUCAGUGCAGAUUCACUACAAAGUGUGUAUUGUUACUUUGGGUUUGGUUUGCGUAUUUAAUUAAUGCUUUCUACCAAUCAAGUCUAGUUAGUCUCACGAUGUAUCCCAGUAAGGUGCACCAAGUGUCUACAGAGAAAGAUUUGACAGAACACUAUUUUGAGUCUUGCGUCAGUCCAACUAUGAUAGAAUUCCUGUCCUCUGAAGCAAAUAUGUCAUUUAAGCGAGAUAUAGGAAAUUGUCAAACACUAAAACAAGGCAUAACAACUGUAAGUAAAUUUGAUAAAAUGUUCACAAUAGCACCAUUAUCAAUAUACCAGUUUAACAGGUAUAAGGUAUUGGAUGCAACAGGACAGAGUAAGGUCUACCUUUUUUCUGAACCAGUCAUGAAAUUGAUUUACGCAAUCAUUUUGUACAAAGGAUUUCCAAUGCAUAAAAAGUUGCAUAUGCACAGUAUGUAUUUACGACAAAGUGGAUUGAUGGACAAGCACUUUAACGAUCUUUAUUAUGACCAGGCUAAAGUCCACGACAGGACAUAUGAUGUAUCUUUUAAGGCCCACAUCUUAGUUCCUUGGAAUCUUAUGUUCAUUGGGUAUACUCUAGCCAUGGUUACCUUUGUUUUAGAGUUGUUAGUUAAAAAUAAACAUGUGAUUAUACGUUAUAUUUGA